GCUACAUCGCGUUGCCACGGUCACCAAAACCCCGCAGAAGUAACAGUUAGUAACGUUAGUAACGUUAGCAGCAGCAGCAGCAGCAGCAGGUCAUUCUGAGCUCAGGUUUUGUGUGUCGGGGCAAAUCAGAUUACCGGGUUAGGGUAAAACGGGAUUCUGACGUACAGGCGGGUUUUAAACCCCGUGGGGCAGACAGACGCGUCACUCGCUCGUGCUGCUCGCGCGCGCGCACCUUUAGUGUCAGCGAGGGGGAGGAAAGGCAGGCUCGUGCCACUUCCAGUCAACAAAACGUCCUCUCUUUCCCUCUCUCUCUCUCUUUCCCUCCCUCCCUAUCGCUGACGAUGAGAAGGGCCAUGAGCUGGACCUCUUCUGUGUCCCCAGACAUUACGAGAACGAUUUGGACAAGGUGAUCAUCCCGCAUGGACUCAUCAUGGACAGGACGGAGCGUCUGGCCCGCGACAUAAUCCGAGACAUGGGGGGACACCACAUCGUAGCCCUGUGUGUGCUGAAAGGGGGCUACAAGUUCUUCGCAGACCUCCUGGACUACAUCAAAGUGCUGAAUCAGAACAGCGAUAAAUCAGUGCCGCUGACGGUGGAUUUCAUUAGGGUGAAGAGCUACUGUAAUGAUAAGUCAACAAACAGUGUCAAAGUCAUAGGAGGGGACGAGCUGUCCAAUCUCUCAGGCAAGAAUGUGUUGAUUGUAGAGGAUAUUGUGGAGACUGGAAGGACGAUGCAGACGCUGCUUUCUCUGCUGAGUGAAUGUAAUCCCAAGAUGGUUAAAGUUGUCAG